AACCGCAGCGCAUUGAACGCAAACAUUCAACAUUCAAAAAAUAUGGCGGAAGAUAGCUCGUUUGAGAGUACUUUGGACGAACUGGAAAACUUAUUUCAACUAGCCACAGAAUUCGUACGAGAUCUUAGAGAUUUGAAGAACGAAGAGAAAUUAACGUUUUAUGGACUUUUUAAACAGGCAACAGAAGGCCCAUGCACAAAACGGAAACCACCUAUUUGGGACAUGAAAGGCUGUGCUAAAUGGGAAGCUUGGAAAGGUUUGGCCCAGAUGUCUGAAGAGGAUGCAAUGAAGAACUAUAUAAAUGAAUUAACAAGAAUUAAUGGGAACUGGGAGCAAUGCAUAGGAAUUGCACAAACUUUUAAUGAGGAGAAAGAACCCACUGGUCAUGAAGGGGGAAUGGGAAUUUCAGUUAGCACAUUGUAUAAUCCAGACUAUGAGAAAGAUUGCAUGAUAAACGAUCAGGAUAAGACAGCCUUUGAUUGGUGUAAAGAAGGCAAUAUUAAGGAAAUGACAAGUAUUCUUGAAAGGAAAAAAGUAGAAGCAAAUGUCCAAGAUGAUAAGGGGAUGACACUUCUUCACUGGGCAUGUGACAGGGGCUAUCAAGAUAUUGUAGAAUAUCUGAUUAAAAUAAAGUGUGAUUUAAACUGCCAGGAUUGUGAAGGCCAGACACCAUUACACUAUGCUGUGACAUGUGAAUUUAAAUCAAUUGUAAAAACAUUAGUCACUGCAGGGGCAAUAACAAAUUUGACUGAUAAUGAAGUUCCAGUGAGGCCUUGAAAUCCAGUGAAAUGUGCAAAUCAAAGAACCUAGAAAAACUACAGUGUUUGUUUGGGCUAUAGAGUUCAGAGUGCCAAGGGAACACUCGAUUUUUCCUGCCAAUCAUUAAACUGCUGAAACCCCACUACAAAAAAGAUGAAGAAUUACCGGAAAGGCCCAUAAAAUUUGGAACAAAACUUUGCACUGUAACUCAUCACAGACACCUGUUAAAUUGGAAAGCCAGAAAUUAGUUAGUCAGUACAUACUUUUACACAGAAAAAACAUGCUCAGGCCCAAUUAUAGAUCUUUAACCUUGGUGUCCAAUGAGCUGUCUUGUAACUUUUGUUUAAUAGCUCCAAUUCUGCCAUCAUUCAUAUCAGAGGGUGCCACAACAUGACAUCCUGAAAAUAUUGUCAACAAAGUGAAGCUAAAACAUAGCCUGAAAAGAAAAUAUUAGGGUGGAGUACAAAAAGAUUAUUAUAUU